UUUUCUCAGACAACAUUGCAUGGUCCAGUAUAGGGUUAGUUAGCGUUUUAUCGCGUAUUUGGGUUAUUUAACAAAAAAUAUGGUUAAGAGGCGUAGUCACGGACUUUGUAAUAGUGACGACAGGUAUCCUGAAAGGCUAGUUGGUGGAGUUCCAUUCGUACCCUUUCCAAAACCGAAGACCCAGUACGAAAAAUGCCUUCGAUGGAUCAAACUUUGUGGAAGACCGCAUCAUCAACUAAAUCCAUCUAAUAUCAACCGGAACAGAUAUGCUUGCACGAAGUGAUUCUUUCACGUCCCACUGGAGGAAGCCCAGGUACCGGCUCGUGGUGUCGGUACCGCCCUUUCAGAAUCACUGUUCUACGACAUUCCCAGGUUGACAGCGUAUUCCAGGGUCCAUCCCCAGAAGCCCCCUUUGAUGCUCUGCGUGAUGAUGUCAUAGCGAGGGAGGGGAGCGAGGCACGAUCAAAGGCGAGGAAAGGGGAGGGAUGAAGAUGUGGAGGAAGAGGAGGAGGAGAGGCACAUCCAAGACAACAACGGAACAAAGAUGGCGAUGGCGUCCGCAGGCGGGACGUCCCCCCGAAAACCUUACAGAGGGUUCGAGCCCCCGUUCACACGCCCGAGGAUGAUCGGCGAAACCAUGCCACGCAAGGCCAAGCGUCGAUGCUACGGCCGCCAUCGGGCUUGCACGGCAAUGCUCAGUCGCUGUGAGACAGCAACAUCAAUAAUUGGUGCAGGACUGGACCUCGAUGUUUGGACCCCACCUGACUGAGGAUUGCAUGAUGCGCGGUAGGUGCUCCUCCCGCCUGACUGACUGACUGACAGCCGGGAUGAAGAGGAGGCUGCCGGGCGUCGUCCUCGCCCGCUACCGGCAAGGGUGGAGAAAUGGACGUGAGCCCCCUGUGAACUGAUGGAAGGUUAGAAACCGGAGUCUGCCACCAUGGGGUGUUGAGUUGGAGGGAGGGGGCAAAGACGUCGGCUUCAUUUCUUCUUCUUUUCCCCCCCGACAUUCACGCCAAUGAAGCCUUCCUUAUGCCGCCUUGCGGAGUACACACUCGGCGCCAGAAUCCCCAAUGCGGCACGACACGGGGAUCGGCCUCUCAGAGACGGGUGAAUUGUUUGUCUGCAAAAUCAUCGCUACAGAGGCAAGUGUGACCUCCGCUGUGCGCAACCAGAGACAUGAGCGUUGUCAGGGACUUAAACGGGAUCGGCUUCAGAGGCGGUGGUGGCGUGGCGGCUCCGCUGAGGGUCCCGGCCCAUUUCACAGAGGAUGCGCCGCGGCCGCCGGUCCCUGGCGAGGAGGGCUCAGACGUGGAGCUGCCCGUGCAGUCGGCAGCCACGCGUACGGGCGCACUCUCGCAGACUCUCGGGUUUCCGCUCUCCUUAACCGCCAAGCUAGCCGACUCUUCUGGGUACGCACCCUCCUCGUCGUCAUCCGCAACCCCCCGCCGCCCUGACUUGGACCUGGGCUACGAACCUGAGGGCUCGGCCUCGCCCACACCGCCCUACCUGAAGUGGGCUGAGUCGCUUCACUCACUGCUGGAUGACCAGGAGGGCAUUCAGCUGUUUCGCAACUUCCUCUGCCAGGAAGGCUGCGCCGACCUUCUGGACUUCUGGUUCGCCUGCUCGGGAUUCCGUAAAACAAGCCCAGAGAAGAGGGUCAAGUUGGCCAAGGCCAUCUACAGGAAGUACAUCGUCGACGGCGGUGGUAUCGUUUCCAAGCAGAUCAAGCCGGCUACCAAGAGCUUCAUACGAGACUGCGUGGGGAGGCCGCAUCCUGACCCUGCCAUGUUUGAGCAGGCCCAGACGGAGAUCCAGGCCACGAUGGAGGAGAACACCUACCCUCUGUUUCUCAAGUCGGACCUGUACUUGGAAUACACGCGCACCGGCGGUGAGAGCCCCAAGCUGAACCCCACUGACCAGAGCCCGACAUCGGGGCCCACCAAGCCCGUGCCGGGCUGCUUGCCCACACUGACGGAAGACGAAGAAUGGAGGUGUGGAAACGGGCAAAGGGAAGCAGACCAAGAGGAAGAGGAAUGCGGAGACACGCCGGCGGGAAGGCUGACCCACAGCCUGCUAACGCAGACCGUACCGCAGAGGACCUCCACCAGCAGGCGCCGGCAAGACACCAGGGAGUACAGACCCUGGAGAGAGCCGGUGAACCCAUACUACGCCAACAUGGGUUACGCUCGUGCCCCCGCCACCAGUGCCAACGACAGCGAGCAGCAGAGUAUGUCGAGUGAUGCUGACACGCUGUCGCUGACCGACAGCAGCGUAGAUGUUAUUCCUCCUUACCGAUAUCGUAAGCAGCAUCGCAAGGAGAUGCAUGAAAGUGCCAAAGCAAACGGACGUGUGCCCCUACCUCAUAUACCUCGCACGUAUCGCAUGCCAAAGGACAUCCACGUAGAGCCUGAAAGGUUUGCAGCCGAGCUCAUCAGGAGGCUGGAGAUGGUUCUCCGGGAGCGAGAGGCCGAAGAGCGACUGGAAGAGAGGCUGAAGAGAGUUCGACUGGAAGAAGAGGGAGACGAUGCUGACAUCUCCGUCACCACCUCCAUGUCGUCUCUCAGCAUACCACUCCCACUCCCCUCGUCCUUCCCGCCCCUGUACGGUGCCCAUUAUUCAGAGACCACCGCCAACACAGUAACCGUUGCCACCUACGGCGGCUUGGUGGCCAUGGAGGACUCGCACGACGACGACCCGGAGUCCAUCUUGGACGAACACGUGCAGCGGGUGAUGAAGACACCAGGCUGCCAGUCGCCAGGCGCCACCAACUUGGCCUUGGGAGGAGGCGGCCGACAGACUCCGCCCAAAUCGUUGCGGUCGCCCGAUGGGGGUAUCGGUCCACCUCACUACCCGCCACACAGAGCGGGAGGGCACAGUCUUCCGGCCGCCGGGGUCAAAGGUAUGCAUCACCACAAGCAGAUGUACCACCACCGAGGACGAGACGGCCAGGAGGAGGCGGGCUCUAGGUCGCAGUCCUACUUCCUGUGGAAUGGUGAGGCGGGUGGGCAGUACGCGGCCAGGAGUCGAAACUACGCCGACGGGGCCGGAGCCAGCACCUUGGAUGGAAUGGGCAACAAUAGUAAAGGAAGCACACUGUCACGGCGAGGGAAAAAGCCGUUGGAGGUGUCGGGCAAAGGGGAUGAUGGCGGCCGUGGGAUGGACGCACAGGUGCUGCUGGAGGAUCUGGAGAGGAACCAGAAGAUCCUCCAGUGGAUGAUGGAGGGAGACAGGCAGAGGAAAGGUUCCCAUGGGGGAAGCGCCAGCAGCUCCCGGCGACUGGGCGGGAGCAGCGAGUCACCACGGCCCACCUCGGUGGAGCGCCCCGGGGCUGUACACCCGUGGGUGUCGGCCCAGCUGCGCAACAACCCCUCCUCGGUGUCACCCGCACUCGUCACGCACCCCGCCUCGGCAUCGUCUGCACAGGUCCAGCCCUCACACCCCUUCAUCCAGGACCCCGCCAUGCCGCCCAACCCGGCCCCCAACCCGCUCACACAGCUCGAGGAGGCCCGCCGCCGGCUAGAAGAAGGAGGGCGAAGGGCAGCUCUGCAGCAGGGCAAGCAGAGGCACAAGUCUGGAAAGCGGCAAGUGUGCGAAAACAUGACAGUGGCCUACUACUUCUGCGGAGAGCCCAUCCCGUACCGAACCUCCGUCAAAGGUCGGGUGGUGACUUUGGGGCAGUUCAAGGAGCUGCUCACCAAAAAAGGCCACUACAGGUUUUACUUCAAGAAGGUGAGCGAUGAGUUCGACUGUGGCGUGGUGUUCGAGGAGGUGCGCGACGACGACGCCAUCCUGCCCAUCUUUGAGGAGAAGAUCAUCGGCAAGGUGGAGAAAGUGGACUGAAAAGGUGUUCAAGAAAGUCAGGGGGGGGAAAUGGAAGGUGAAGCAGCAUGUGGAGCUUGAAGAGAUAUGUCGGUCAAAGUGGGGAGUCCUGACCGUGUCUAAAAUGGCCUCCCACCGUAGACAAAAUGAUGGGGCAUGACGUCGUCUUCCACUCGUUCUCCAGAUCAUUAUAACGAUGCUGCUACUUUACCACGGAAACCCUAGACAACCUAAAACCUUAAACCUAAACUUUUGUGCUUGGCGGGGGACGGCGGAUCAAAGGGAAGUGCGCAACUCCUCUGCUCCAUAUGUGGGACGUCAGACAGGUGACCCGUCUUUUGACGACAACAAGUUCUCCAGACAUGUUUACCAACCAAAGCUACGUUUUUGUGUUAAAAACUUAAUUUGAAUUGUGUAUGUACAAGACAUGGUACUAUUAACCCAACCUAGUUUGGGGACAUCUCCCUACGUAAGGUUGUCUUUUCGUGUAUACGUUAUUUUUUCCCCCACUUCUAGACUAUUCCGUUCUUUAUUCCCACAAUAGGCCCUGAUCCAGUACCUUUAGGAACAAGUUUUUACAUUUUUUCAGAAUUUUUUUUUUUUUUGUUAACCCCCUCUCCUAUCGCAAAAAUAUGAAAUCCGUUGCAAACUUCGCCAAAGAAGGCCACACCACGUCCCGCUAAAGGAGUUGAGACAAACAUGGUGGAAUGUUAGCAUAAUCCAGAAAACUGCAUGAAUUUGACUUCACAUUAUGUGACUUGCUCCCGAAAAUGCAGGUAGUCGCUGUCUGAAAAACUGAAUGUAUGUUCAACUUUUUAUGUAAGGCAAAUUUUAGCUUAACUUAAAUUUUAAAUCAGAGCAUCCGUGUCCAAGUUUAUUCCUCGAAAAACUCAAUUAAGACAAACUAGUAUUUAAUGCUUAACGUGACUAAAUGUCAAAAGCAAAUAUCGUCACUGUCUGAUGAAAAACACAUUUUCAACUUUUUUCCUAACUUGCAGAAAUGUUUUGUCGUCGUCUCAAACACUUGCAAAAUGUGGACAUACUCUAACAACAUACGCCUAUUUUAAGCAGAUAUAUUUUGGCGGCAUAAAACGUAAGCAUAAAGUUUCAAUGUGCAUGAUGUCGUAGAUUCGUUUAUUUUUUUUUAACCAUUGAAAUUUGUCUAUUGUUGACAGAACUCUACAGUUUGUCAUAUUUAGAUGGCAUCUAUAGUUACGUUCUUCUGUUUUUAUUUAAGGGCGGGGGAAUAAAAACUCACAAUUCUGGACAACGAAGCUUUUAAUAACAUUGUAAUUAAUUUGAUGCCAAAAAGCAUUUAUCUACAAAUUAUUUUCUUUUUUGUUCAUAUUAAAAAUGCAUGUCAUACACCUAAUAGUCGCUAUAGUGCUAUAAAAAAGUAUGGACGGCUAGUUAUACGAAAUAGUUAUCAGGAUCGUUCAGUUUGCACAACGUUACAAAAGCCAGUUUGAAAGCUUUAGGACUCCAGCAAACCACUGUUAGAGACAUCAUUCUCAAAUGGAGAAAAUUUUGAAAAGCGAUGGCCUUCCCAGGAGUGGUUGGCCUCCAAAAAUUACCCUGAGACUCAUCCAGGGGUGUCGCAAAGGAACUGGGGACAACAUCUAAAGAACUGCAGACCUCCCUUGGCCCACUUAAAUCCAGUGUUCAUGUCUCAACAAUAAGGAAGAGACUUAGCAAAAGUGACACAGUUGAAGCCAGAAGUUGACAUACAUUGUGCAGAAACACACACUCGCCUUCAUGCAUCUUCCUCUCUUAACACUCACUGUCCUCAUGUCUUCCCUCACAACAUCCAUCCACAUUUUCUUUGGUCUUCCUCUCCCUCGCUCUUUUGCCUGGCAGCUCCAUCCUCAGCACCCUUCUCCCAAUAUACUCACGUUCUCGCGUCCGGACAUGUCCAAACCAUCGAAGUCUGCUCUCUCUCACCUCGUCUCCAAAACAUCCAACUUUGGCUGUGCCUCUAAUGAGCUCGUUUCUAAUCCUAUCCAACAUGCUCAUUCCGAGCGAGAACCUCAACAUCUUCAUUUCUGCCACCUCCAGUUCUGCUUCCUGUUGUUUCUUCAGUGCCACCGUCUGUAAUCCGAACAUCAUGGCCGACCUCACCGCUAUUUUAUAAACUCCUCUUCCGCCCCUCACAUUCACGCACAUAUAUUCUGUUUUACUUCGGCUAAUCUUCAUUCCUCUCCUUUCCAGUGCGUGCCUUCAUCUUUCUAACUGUUCCGCCGCCUGUUCCCUGCUUUCACUGCAUAUCACAAUGUUAUCUGCAAACAUAGUCCAAGGGGAUUCCAGUCUAACCUCAUCUGUCAACCUAUCCAUUACCAAAGUGAACAGGAAGGGGCUCAGCGCGGAUCCCUGAUGCAGUCCCACCUCCACCUUAAAUUCUUCUGUCACACCUACGGCGCACCUCACCACUGUUCUGCUGCCCUCAUACAUGUCCUGUACUAUUCUAACAUAUUUCUCCACCACACCGGACUUGCGCAUGCAGUACCACAGUUCCUCUCUUGGUACUCUGCCAUAGGCUUUCUCUCGAUGCACAAAGACACAAUGUAGCUCUUUUACUUGAGAAGGGCAGAAAUACUUUUUCACGGCACUGCAGUUCAUCUCGAACAAUUCAAUGCUAAGUUAGAUAUGACCAGUAGACAUUAGAAAAUCACGCUAUGUUUUUUUUUUUUUUUUCUGUGAAAAAAAUGUUUUUUUUUCAUCCACAAAAUGGUGACAAAUGCUUCAAAAAUGUAUGCCUACUGGCCAGCUUUUUUUCAGAAGUAUUUUCAAUAUUAAAUGAAAAGCAGGUAUGUCCAUAUUAUGCAAUGUUCUGUUUCGUUCAAAUCAGAUUUUUGUGUUGCCUUUCAGAUAAAAGUUUCUUGCGUUUUAUUGGACAGCCGCAAUAUUUGAUUUUUGGUAGCGAUCAAAAAACAGCCAGGUAGUUGGUGUUUUUUCAUCAAUGUGUAUGCACAUUAUGUGAGGUUAUUUUUUGUCUUUCAUAUAAAGUACAAAACCAUUUUUGGUAUUUUUCGUUGAAUGCCAACAAUAUUAGAUAAUUUGACUUUUGAGUCGGCAAAAAACACAAAAAUGUGCAGUAAUUGGCUGCCAAUAAAAGUCUUCCCAUCAUAGGAAAAUAAUGUGCUAAUUCCUACAAAUGUCAGCGCAACUGAAUUUCAGAAGUUGAAUGUAUGUUUAUUUUAAUGGCAAAUGUAUGCAAAUGUGUGUGCGUGAGUCUGCGCGUGUCUGUGGAGGUUUAAGGUGAAAUAUGUAUUGUUGAAUGUGGCCCUCUGAACAAGUCAGCGGGUUAUAAAAUGUCAGGGUGCCAAACUGACUUCAACCCCGUCACGCCUUUAUUAUUAUUUGUUAAUGGUUUAUUAAAAAAAGAUAUAAUUUUAAUACUCACCAAGCAUGUUCUCUGCUUUGUAAUGGCCUUGCUGGUGGAUUUUUUUUUUUUUUAAUGCUAGAUAUCAUCUCUGUCCUGUUUGUGAAAAACACAGUGCCUUUUUAUCAUAUCUUUAUUUUUGUUUAUAGGAAAGAAUUCAUUAUUUUAAUGUUUAUUUUCUUGUUCCCUGUAAUUUUUUUUCAUUUUUUUUUUUUAGCUUCAGAUGUGCUGAACUCACAUGUUGCUCAUGACCGGUCUGCUGUAAAUAUGUACAUUAUCAUUUCAUACACACGCCACCGCAAAAUGUCACUGUGCUGGCUACACUUGUACAUUUCUUUUCAAAAAAAGGUACUUCAUAAAUAAAGAUGUUGGAUGAACA